GCUCUCAGUUCACCUCUAUUCACAUUAUUUUUCUGUCUUUUAAAUAAGGUUUCACAUUUUGAAAUUGAUAGUGUGAUUUUCUAGGGGGGUUUUAGAUUUUGGUGGUUACAGAAAAUUAUGAGAGAUGCAGAGAUCACGUAAAGCUCUUCUCCAAAGAAGAAGUAGCGUUUCAUUCGAAAUCAAUAACGGAACAACUACAAACCACAUGUAUAAUGUUAUUUUGUCACUCAUUGUUAUUUGGUGGCUCUUUUUCCCUGUCUUGAUUGGUCAUAGUGAUAACCAUACAGAUGGAUCUGGGGUUGUUCCAGUAGGCGAAUCCACAUGGGAUGAUACUGAGCAGGUUGUAAAUGAAGGAUUUGAUUCUGGAACUGGGAUUCAAUAUGUUUUUACAGAUUCUAAGGAUUCCGAUCUGGAUAUAUGCAAUGCAAUCUCGGAGGCUAAAUGCACUAGCAACGAAAUACUACCAACUCUCAAAGAAAAUGUUACCGCCUCAGAAUUAGUUGAACAGAUGAAGAAAUUAGAGACUUCAUUUAUAGGGCCAAAAGUGGAAAAGGAUUCGACUAGUGUUUUAAGCAAUGAUAGGCUAUCGCAUGUAGCUCCAAUUGGUCUCGAUGAAUUCAAGAGUAAACAACUUAGUGGUGCGAAAGCGAAACCUGCAAGUGAACCAUCUAAUGGAGUUGUUCAUAGAGUGGAAGCGGGUGGAACGGAGUACAAUUAUGCUUCAGCAUCCAAGGGAGCAAAAGUUAUAGAUUUCAAUAAAGAAGCCAAGGGGGCUUCUUAUAUCUUGGGCAAAGACAAAGAUAAGUACCUUCGGAAUCCCUGUUCUGCCGAAGUGAAAUUCGUUGUUAUAGAACUUUCAGAAGAAACCCUUGUGGACACGAUCGAAGUAGCAAACUUCGAGCAUUACUCGUCUAAUCUGAGGGAUUUUCAGGUACUAGGCAGUUUGGUAUAUCCCACAGAUAAAUGGUUACAUCUUGGAAAUAUCACAGCUAAAAAUGUGAAGCAUGCACAGAGAUUCAUCCUCGAGGAGCCAAAAUGGGUGAGAUAUCUCAAGUUCUAUCUUCUAAACCAUUACGGUUCUGGAUUCUAUUGUACGCUGAGUGCUGUGGGUGUAUAUGGAAUGGAUGCUGUAGAACAGAUGGUAGAGGAUUUGAUCUCAGUCCAUGAAGAAGUUAAUUUGGGGCAGGCACCAAUAAGAAUAACCCCACAGCCGGUUGAACCUGCAGAGGAAGAUGAUUGGGAUUUUGAUAAUGAAUCUGCACAAGAAAGUACUAACUCGCAACACGAAGUUCCAAAAAACAAUGGGAGAAAUUCAGUUCCUGAUGACCAGCCUCAGCAAGCUGGGAGGAUGACUGGGGACACUGCUCUUAAGAUACUUUUGCAAAAAGUCAGAUCAAUGGACUUGGGUUUGUCUGUUCUCGAGCGAUACCUGGAGGAGCUGAAUUCCAGAUAUGGCAAAAUUUUCAAAGAACUUGAUGAUGAAAUCGUUGCCAAAGAUGUACUUCUGUAUAAGUACAGAGUUGAUAUAAAGAAACUUCUUGACAGCAAGGAAAUCGUGGCCAAAAAAGUUGCUGAUCUCAUUGGUUGGAAAUCCCUUGUUUCCUCGCAAGUGAAUAAUCUAGUCGAUGAUAGUGUGAUUCUCAGAGCUGAGAUCGCAAGGGUUCUGAAAAAUCAGAUUUACAUGGAGAACAAGGGUGUGGUUAUUUUGCUUGUUAGUAUAAUUUUUAGUGGCAUAGCUCUAUUGAAGCUAGUUAUAGAUUUAGUUGUGAAUUUAUUUAGAAUACAGAAUAAAUCCGAGAAAUUUAUACAGAUAAGCUCUUCAUGGCUUGUCUUGCUGUUGAGUUCUAGUAUUGUAGUUAUCAUGCUCUUGUAAUUCUGUUACAUGGUCUUUUUGCAUGUAUUUAUAUAUAUCUACAAGUCAUCAAAUAAAAUAUACAACAUGUACCGGA